CAAUUUAAAUCUUACUGUGACCUUGAAGAUGAAGGCGGGGGAUGGAUAAUCUUUUUGAGAAACGAUGGUCAAGAUCCACAACUCUUUGAUCAAGAUUGGGAAACAUACCAAAAUGGAUUUGGGGAUCUGAAUUCGAAUUUUUGGUGGGGGAAUGAAUUUCUUCAUCUUGUGACGAAAACUACAUCUCAUGAACUUAAAGUGGACCUCAUCAAAUCGUCCGCAACCGGCUAUGUAAAGUACACUGGAUUUCAG